AUGACGGAAAAGAAAAUAGACAGAAUGAAAAGACAUUUUACAAAAAUUCAAGAGACAUUACAAGACCGCGUGGAUGAAUUUCAAGAUCGCAUGCAGAUUAAAUUUGAGCGGUCCAAAAUUUCUAAGUUCAUUUCUCACUUAUCAGAUGAUAGAAGCUCCGUCGAAGAUAAUUCUGAAGCAGGUGAGAAAACGAAGGAAUGGGAUAAUUUAAGCAUUCCAUCAUUUGUAAUUGAUGAGCCGACUGAUUGCCUAGAUCCUAGAGAAAUCUGCAAACACUUUAUAAAAAUUGAACCAGGGAAUGCGAUUGGACUGCAUAAAAGUCGUUCAGUGUGUGAUCUGGUGAAUAACAAUGACACGGAUUUUUACACCUCCAGUGAAUCCUGUUCGUCUUGUUUAUCUUUAGGAAAAGACGAAUUUGGAAGGGAGACUAUUCUUCAACGCCCCAGAGCCGGCAGUCUACCCCCAGGAGCUACAGGAAUUCAUCUGGAGUCUCCUCUGCUCGCGUGUUCUGACCUCAUAGAGAAAAUUGGCAACCGCUUCCCUAAACUAAAAAGUCAAAGCGACAGGAUACAUAGGUAUCUCCUAAAGAACACACGACUAAGCGACGUGAACAAGCGACUGAAGGCGCAGAUAUGGAGUUCGGUGGUCACCAUCGUGCUGGUUGAAGCAAAAAAUCUUCCUGCUAUGGACUUGGAUACCAGGUCCAGCGAUCCUUAUUGUAAGUUUAGGUUAGGCAACGAAAAAUAUAAAAGUAAAGUUGUUUGGAAAUCAUUGCAUCCGUCGUGGUUAGAACAGUUCGACCUGCAUCUCUACGAUGACCAGGAGCAAGUGCUUGAAGUCACUGUGUGGGAUAAGGACAAACAAACCAAAGAUGAUUUUCUAGGAAGAUGUUCCAUAGACUUAUCGCAGUUAGAAAGAGAAAAAACUCACAACAUGUGGAAAGACUUAGAAGAUGGAAACGGACAAAUAUUUCUUUUGCUAACUAUUAGUGGUACGACCCAAUCGGAGACUAUCACUGAUCUGAGCAGUUACAAAGAAAACCCUAGAGAUUUGGAGAUCAUUGAGAGGCGAUAUACGUGGUAUCUCCUCAACGAACAAUCUGCAGGCGUAGGUUGGCUUUGUGUUAAGGUCUAUGGUGCUAAAGGACUUGCAGCAGCAGACUUAGGGGGUAAAUCCGACCCCUUCUGCGUUCUUGAGCUAGGGAAUGCAAGACUUCAGACCCACACCGAGUAUAAAACUUUGACACCGAACUGGAUGAAGAUAUUUACUUUUACAGUAAAGGAUAUCAGUUCGAUAUUAGAAAUUACUGUAUACGAUGAAGACCACGACCACAAAGUAGAAUUCUUAGGGAAGCUGGCAAUACCACUGCUGAGCAUUAGGAAUGGAGAGAAGCGGUGGUACGCGCUGAAGGACAAAAAAAUGAGAGCUCGGGCGAAAGGGAAUUAUCCACAGAUACUUUUGGAAAUGCUGGUCAUUUGGAAUCCCUUAAAAGCAGCGAUAAGAGUAGUAAAUCCAAAAGAGCCUAAGUACAUGCACCAAGAAGCGAAGUUCAAGAGACAAUUGUUCAUUAGAAAUGUGAUGAGGCUAAAGGCUAUCAUUAUGUGGUUUAUCGAAGUCGGCAAGAUUUUACAAGAUUGUUUCGAAUGGGAGUCCAGAAUAAGAUCGUUUAUGGGUCUCCUGGUUUGGCUCGCAUUCUGCUAUUAUUAUGAAAUGUGGAUGCUUCCAUUCCUGAUACUCAUGUUCUUCAUGAGAAACUGGCUUAUCUAUCGGCUGACUGUCGAGUUCAGGCUAUUCGUCAGAUAUUUCUCUGGCGGUCGGUUGUCUUUCUUAUCCUCGCUAGUAGAUAAUGCGCCCAUUGAGCCCAUUGGGAAUAUUUUACUAGUGCCAGUAGAUGAUGACGAUUUGUUGGCUGAAGAAGACGAUGAAGAUGAGGCUGACAAGGAGGAGAAAAAGUCACUAAAAGAGAGAUUGCAAGCGAUACAAGAGGUGACACAGACUGUGCAGAACGCGAUAGGUUACGUCGCCUCUCUAGGAGAAGCAGUCAAAAACCUGACUAACUUCACAGUGCCAUAUCUAAGUUAUUUAGCGAUUAUAAUGUUAUUUGGAGCAAUGUUAGUUCUAUACGUAAUACCACUAAGAUACCUGCUGAUGGCUUGGGGUAUUAACAAAUUUACAAGAAAAAUCCUCCGGCCCCAUACAAUACCAAAUAAUGAAGUUUUAGAUCUACUAUCUAGGGUGCCAGAUGACGAGACGUUGUUGGACUGCAGAGAAUUAAAACCACAUCCGCAGAAUGACCACCGUCGAGACGCACGAAAGAAGCACAAAGCAUCGUAA